AUGACUGGCUACUCCAACACCGUCAGAAAUCUGGAGAAACACUUUGAAGGGUUGGAACUCCAUCACGUGCCACGGCUCAAGAACCAAGCGGCUGAUGACCUGGCCAAGAUGGGCUCCACUCGGAAGACGUCGCACAAGCGAGCGUCCGCUCUGAAGACUAUUCCCCUCACUUGGUCGUUCGCCGUCUGGGGGCUCGACAUGGUCGGCCCACUCCAGACCGGGGCGAGUGGUUUCACGCACCUGUUAGUGGUGGUCGAUAAGUUCACCAAGUGGAUCGAAGCAAAACUAAUAAAGAAGCUGGACCCGGCCACCACCAUUCAGUUCAUCAAAGAGAUAGUCUUCAGAUUCGGAGUCCCUCACAACAUCAUCACCGACAACGGGUCUAACUUCGACUCGGACGAGUUCCGCGAGUUUUGUUACACCCAAGGCACUCGGGUCGAUUACGCCUCCGUGGCGUACCCACAGUCAAAUGGGCAAGCCGAACGGGCGAAUGGACUGAUACGCCAAGGCUUGAAGCCUCGCCUCAUGCGUGACUGA